AUGUCGCAUGAGUUAAACUUGGACGCAUUUUGCAGUAAUCCUUCUGUGGCGGAGCUACAAACUGCCAAAGUGACAAAGAAUGAUUUAAAGUACAUAGCCCGACAGUUUGAUCUCUCAUAUCCGUCUGACAUUCGGAAGGAAGAACUCCGAACUCAAAUCCUAGUUCACCUUGGAGGUGAAGCCACUAGUGCUGCUUCACAGCACGACGCCAGUUUAAUGCUCGAGCUCGAAAAGCUGAAAAUAAUGGCAGCAAGAGAAAGAGAGAGAGAAGAGAGAGAACUAAGGCGAGAAGAACUAGCUUUUCAAAAAGAAAAAGCGGAAAGAGAUCUGGCACAUGUAAAAGAAAAGGAGGAAAAAGAAAGAGAGGAGAGAGAAAAAGAAAGAAUCCACGAGACCCAACUCGCACAAUUAAAAUCUCGAUCAACCACCACAGCUGACCUCAAACAAAAGUUAACUAAAUAUCUCUCACUACUCCCUCAGUUCUCUGACAAAGACCCCGAAACUUUCUUUGGACAGUUCGAGGGCACAGCAGUACAUUUUGAACUGCCCCGAGAAGACUGGCCUUGGCUUCUUAAACCCAAACUCAGCCAAAAGGCUUUAACUAUUUUGAACGGCCUCGAAAACAACACGGAUUACGACUGUGUCAAACAGGGCAUCCUAGCGGCGUACUCCAUUACCACAGAAGGAUACCGUCAGUCUUUUCGAAAAAUGUUCAAAACUCCGCAACAAACCUAUCUAGAGUUUGCCUCAGAGAAACUGAGGGCUCUCAAGCGUUGGCUUAAGUCAGCCGCGAUAACCACGUACGACGAAUUAGUAAAUCUCUUAGCCUUAGAAGAGUUCAUGCGUAAGCUCCCUUACUCAGUAAUGUUACACAUCACCAACAAAGAAGCAACAGAUCUUCUCAAAGCCGCUCAGUUAGCGGACCUUUUCUCCCUGGUGAAUCGCAAGGCAACCUCAGACAAGCUGACCGAGACUCCUAGUGGUAAGAUAAACUCAGGUAACUUAGGGGUUGGUAAAAUGACCGGCAGUAGUACUCGACCACCUCUAUUUUGUGCUUUUUGUAAACAGCCGGGGCACCUCAUAAAGAACUGUCCUAAUCCCAAGUGCAAGGUAGCUCAAACAUAUCCUGCCAAGCCAGUUGCUUCCAUACAAGCUCUUCCCUCCUUCCCUGUACCUAAAGACUUAUUUGAGCCUUUCAGGUCUGUAGGCACCAUCAGCAUUGAUAACAAGGAUCACCCAGUUAAGAUUGUCAGAGACACCUGUUCAGCUCAGUCCCUAGUGCUGAAGUCAGCAGUCCCUGGUAUUGAACAGUGUUACACAGGUGAAAAGGUAUAUUUAAAAGACUUCCAUGACCCCUUCCCCAUUGCAUUAGCUAAAGUACAUCUUGAUAGCCCACUAGUAAGAGGUGAAGUGAUAAUAGGAGUUAGUGAAGAACCAGCCUUACCCAUCCCUAAUGCUCAACUACUCCUCGCUAAUGACCUAGCUGGCAGUAAGGUGACUCCCCCUUUGGUAAUUAGUGACACAAUGCUGAUGGAUAACCCCACUGUACAGUUAGAAGAGCAACAACCAGGCUUAUUCCCUGUUUGUGUCACUACUCGUGCACAAGCAAGGAAAUCUGAUCAGUUUUUCUCACUUCCAAAGAAGAGCCCAUCCCCACUUGAACUCAAUCAAAUAUUUUCUGAAAAACUUCUCACUGAGGCUCAACAGGAAGACACUACUUUGACUCAAUUUCAUGGCAAGGUUAUCCCUCCAGAUCAAAUUACUCAUUACCCUGCCUUUUACAAACAGGAUGGAGUUCUCAUGAGAGUGUUCCGGCCCUCUAAGGUCCCAGAUGAUGCUGCUUGGGCAGAAGCCCACCAGGUGGUUGUGCCUACCAUACUCAGACAUUCCAUACUAGAGAUCGCUCAUGAAAGUUUUGCUGGUCACUUGGGCAUCAAGAAGACAUGUGAGAAGAUCCUCGCUGACUUUUACUGGCCAGGAUUAAGGGAGGAUGUGAAGAAUUACGUCAGUACUUGUCAUCUCUGCCAGAUAGCGGGUAAACCUAACGUAACUAUCCCACCCUAUCCUCUCCAACCUAUUGCUGUUCCCUCAGAACCAUUUCAUAAAAUAAUAAUUGACAUUGUGGGGCCUCUUCCAAAAAACAAGAAAGGUAAUGAAUAUAUCCUAACAAUUCUUGACCCAACAACUAGGUAUCCCGAAGCCUUUCCGAUACGUAAAAUCAACACCAACACUAUUGUGUCCAAGCUAAACCACUUCUUUACUACCUUCGGGAUUCCUCAAACCAUUCAGAGUGACCGAGGAACUAAUUUCACUAGCGUUCUCUUCACAGAGGUGUUAAAAGAGCUUGGUAUCGCACAAACCUUGUCUUCUGCCUAUCACCCGCAGUCACAGGGCGCUCUAGAAAGAUUUCAUCAGACACUGAAAGGACUUCUACGCAAAUUCUGUCACGAGUAG